AUGGAAACCCUAAUCAAAUCAAUCCCAAACCUCCCUCUCUUUUUCUCCUUCUUCCUUGCCAUUUACCUCGCAGCCCAUUUUCUUGUUUUCCGUAACUGGCGCCCCAAGAUCCGACCGGAAGCAGCCAGUUGCUUAAUCUCUAUAUUUCACGGUACACCGGCUGUGUUUUUAGCCACACACGCUCUAUUCACCGACCCAAACCGAGGUUUCUCUUCCUUAAACACAAAAACACAAGCCUCGGUCCUUGACUACAGCAUUUCCUACUUCUUAAUGGAUCUAAUUCACUACCUUAUUUUCUCACCUAGUGACGUCCUUUUCAUCGGGCAUCACUUGGCAACUCUCUUUGUCUUCGUCACCUGUCGAUACGUCGUCGCUCGCGGCGCGUACGCCGUGCUGAUGCUGUUGAUUCUUGCGGAGGUGACUAGCGCGUGUCAGAACGCGUGGACACUAGCGAAUGCGAGGAGAAUUGAUGUGGAAUUUGCUGCCAAAGUGUAUGAUUUGUUGUCUCCGCCAUUUUAUGCUUUGUAUUCUGUGGUUAGGGGGAUUUUGGGGCCUUAUUUUGUGUAUCAAAUGGGAGUAUUUUUUGUGAGUGGUGUUGAUGGUGGUCUUAUUCCCAAAUGGGUUUGGGUUUCUUGGAUGUUUGUUGUUGUAAUGGCCAUUAGUGUUAGUAUUUUGUGGGUCACUAAUUUGUGGGUUCAAUUGUAUAGAGAAAAGAGUCUUAAAUUGCAAAAGAAAUUGACAUAG